UUUGACAUUUAAAAAUACUGCAUUCACCCACCAGAUCUUCAUGUGAAAUAUAAUGCAACGACAUGCUAAUUGCUCCUCACCGAUCACAACCUUGUUUUACUAGAUUCUCAUCUCGUAGUACUUUUGAAGUUCUUAGAUCAUGGCACAAAGAAUCUCAUCAUCAUUGUCUUCCCCCAGGCGUACAUGGAUUUAUGAUGUCUUUCUAAGUUUUAGGGGUGAAGACACUCGUUUCCAGUUUACUAAUAAUCUUUACCAUUCCUUGUGCCAAAAGGGGAUCCGUACUUUCAUCGACCAGGAUGGUCUUAGAAGAGGGGAAGAAAUUACACCCGCUCUUUUCCACGCAAUUCAAAAUUCAAUGAUUUCCAUCGUUGUCUUCUCCGAAAGCUAUGCAUCUUCAACCUAUUGCUUAAAUGAACUUGUAAAGAUCCUUGAAGGCGCCAAGGAAGAAGGUCGAUCCAUUUAUCCAAUAUUUUAUGGAGUGGAUCCAUCAGAAGUUCGACAUCAUACUGGAACUUAUGCAGAAGCACUGUCAAAACACGAAGCUAAGUUCCACAACGACGCUGACACCGAGAAGGUACAAAAAUGGAGGAAGGCUUUACAUGAAGCAGCUAAUCUAUCAGGCUGGCAUUGCAAAUAUUGGUAUCAACCAGAAUAUGAGUUUAUCAGAAAGAUUGUUGAAGAGAUAUCUGAAAAGAUAAAUUACAUCCCUUUACAUGUUGCUGAUAAUCCAAUUGGGCUGGAGUAUGCAGUGAAAGGAGUGAAAUCUCUCCUCGGAGAUGGGUCGGAUGUCAACAUGAUAGGAAUUUAUGGUAUCGGGGGUAUUGGUAAAACCACCACUGCUCGUGCUGUCUAUAACAUUAUUUUUUGGCAUUAUGAAGGUUCGUGUUUUCUACCUGACAUUAGAGAAAAGGCAGUUAAUAAGAACGAGAUUGUCCAACUCCAAGAAAUACUACUUUCUCAGAUUCUCAAGGGGGAAGAUAUCAAAGUGGGAGAUGUCAAUAGAGGAAUACCAUUAAUAAAACAGAGACUUCAACAGAAGAAGGUCCUUCUAGUUCUUGAUGAUGUUGACAAAUUAAAGCAGUUAAAGGCACUUGCUGGGGGAUGUGAUUGGUUUGGCUCUGGAAGUAUAAUCAUCAUCACUACAAGAGACAAGCACUUGCUAGAUGCUCAUGGGGUGGUUAACUUAUAUGAGGUUAAACCAUUACAUUUUGAAAAAGCUUUGGAAUUGUUUAACUUGCAUGCCUUCAGAAGUGGUAAAGUUGGUCCACCAUACAUGAGUAUUUCCAAGCGUGCAGUUUCUUACGCGUGUGGCCUUCCGUUGGCUCUGGAAGUUAUAGGAUCCCACUUAUUUGGAAAAAGCUUAGAUGAGUGCAAUUCUGCAUUAGAUAAAUAUGAAAGUAUUCCUCAUCAGAAGAUUCAUGAAAUACUAAAAGUAAGCUAUGAUGGUUUGGAAGAAAAUGAGAAGGGAAUUUUCCUAGACAUUGCUUGUUUCUUCAAUACCUAUGAACUGGGCAAUGUCACACCAAUGCUAAAAGCGCAUGGCUUUCAUGUAGAAGAUGGUUUGAGAGUGCUGGUUGACAAAUCUCUGAUAAAGAUUGAUUCUUUUGGUUUUGUGAGGAUUCAUGACCUAAUUCGAGACACAGGUAGAGAGAUUGUAAGGCAGGAAUCAACACUUGAGCCAGGAAGACGUAGUAGAUUAUGGUUUGACCAAGACAUUGUUCAUGUUUUGGAAGAAAAUACGGGAUCUGAUAGAAUAGAAUUCAUAAAGCUUGAAGAGUACAACAACGUACAGGUGCAAUGGGAUGGAAAAGCCUUCAAGGAAAUGAAGAACUUGAAAAUUUUGAUAAUUGAAGAUGCAACCUUUUCUGUAGGCCCCGAGCAUCUACCAAAUAGCUGAGUCUCCACCUCCACCUUCAUCUUCUCCAUUACCAUAGCCUUCUCUACCAAGGCUGCAAAAUCCUUGAUGGAUAGCGGGGCCACCAUCAGACGGAGGUCUCCACGGAGGCCAUUCUCGAACUUCCUGCAUCGCCACUCUUCAUCCAGUGGCAUAGUAUAAAAACGACUUAGAUGCUUAAACUUUUUCGCAUACUCAGCCACAGACUUGUUCCCUUGAGUUAACUGUAGGAACUCCACCUCUUUGGCAUAUUUGACGCUGUCGGGGAAGUACUCGGAGAGAAAUUUCCUCCUAAAGACCUCCCAAGUAACUGCUUCCUGACUCUCCUCCAUCAUGGACUUCAUGCUGACCCACCAAUGCUCAGCCUCACCCGUGAACAUAUACACCGCGAAAGCCAGUCUACUCUCAUCGGGACACAUCUUGGCAUCAAAUAUUCUCUCCAGAUCUUUCAGCCACUGAUCUGCUGCAUCCGGACUGGUCUUACCCCCAAACUUCACUGGGUGGUGUUUCAAAAAGUCCUCCAGACUCCACUCCCUGGCCGUUGGUUGUGGCUUCAGGCCAAAAGCAGGGGCAGCUACCCUAUCCUCCUCCAGCUGGCGGAGAACCUCCAUAUGCUGUUUGUGAGUGUCCUCCGCAGCCACCCUCGCAACCUCCAUUUGCUGCAUCACCAAUUGUUGCUGCUCUAGUGCUGCCGCCUGACGCUGCAUUGAUGCUUCAUGCUGUUGCAUCAUUGCCGUACUUUGCUGCGUCAGCUGCCACCAUUGCCUCAAUCGCUCUGGCGAUAUCUGGCACAUCACACUGGGAAGAUUGCGGGGUCCUACGAGACGGUGCCAUAAUUCACUAACACACAGGAAAUCACUUGGUCAGGCGCGAUAAGACAAGAAUUAGCGAAGAAUACUCAAAAAGACACAGAGAAAGCUAAGCGGACACCCAGUCCACAGACCUAAGGAUCGACCGCUUUGAUACCAUAAAUGUAAUAUCCCAAAAACUGGAUAACCUCAAAUUAAUAAAACAUCACAUACAUGAAUAAUCAGAGAGUACAUGGUUUAGAGUA